UCCAUUGUAUCCAAGAUGGCCGAUGAAGACCGUGAGAAGAAACUUGCUGCCGCUAGAAAAAAGCUCCAACGGUUCCAACAGAAGCGUACCCCAGCGAACUCUCCUGUCCCUGCUAAGACCCGGAAGGCAGACAACCCGGUCUCCACGCCCACUACACCACUGACAAAUAGCCAGCCCAGCAAGGCCUGCCCUCCUCCUUCCACACCGCCCAGGGCCGCCCAGGGAAGUCACAGUCACACCCCAGCCACUAGGCACAGCCCUCGGCAAAGUUUGAGCGCCAGCAGCUCGGGUCACCCAAACCCAGCCAACAGGGUAUUAAACAGUAGUUACCAACCAGCUAUUUCACCAUCUGCCAGUGCAGCAGAUGUCAGGCCGCUGUCUUCCACAGAGAGUCUACGCCAGUUGUCAAUGCAAGUUAAUGGGCUCGUCUCAGAGGCUGAGUACUUAAAUGGACUUGAGGAAGAUGCAGUGGAUACCAGGACCAGACUUGGACUUAAUGAGCUUGAGGUCAGGAAUCAGGAACUAGCAGCUGACCGGGAUGAACAUGCACUCUCCAACCAACAGUUGCAGCUGCAUGUCGAAGAGCUGAGGAGUCACAGCGAGAAACUUCAGGAUCAGUUGCAAAAGGAGCGCAAAGAGUCGGAGCAGCGACUGUUCAAAGAACAGAGCACCCUGAGGGAGCAGUUGCAGGUUCACAUCCAGACCAUCGGCAUCCUGGUCUCGGAGAAGUCGGACCUCCAGAGUGCUUUGGCACAGAGCCAGCAGAGCCUAAAGCAGAAAGCAGGCGAGGCGGACAAUCUGUCAAGUCGUCUGCAGGCCUCCAGGCAGAGAGUGGCAGAAUUGGAGAGGGAGCUGGCCAGUGUGUCGUCUACCAGUCAACAGUACCAGAAGACAAGUGCAGGCCUCGAUAAGGAGAAGGAUUCCCUCAAAUUGGAUGUCUAUAAAUUACAGAAAGCAAACGAGGAGUUGUCACAACGAAAUUCAGAAACCAGCAGCCAGCUCAAGACAAAGGUUUCAGAAACAUCCCAGCUGGAGCAACUGGUCCAAGAUUUGAAGGACCGCCUGAGCUCAGCCGAGCUGCGGGCCCACCAGCUAGCCAAUCAGAGCAGCAGUCAGCAGGAUACCCACGAUGCUCUGCUGAGGGUCCAGGAAGAGAAGGCCGACCUGGAGAGUAAACUUGCCCAGUACAAUCAGUCCUUCCAGCAACUGACGGCAGAGAGGGAGCAACUGGCCGAACAGUUCCAGCAGCACACUCAGCACUAUCAAAAACAAGCUCAGGAAUUGGUCCAACAGCUACAAACUCAAGCGCAAGAGAAGGAAGCACUUCUAGGAAAGCAAGCCGAACUGCAGAAACAAAUCACGGAAAUGGAAAAUGCCAAAGCUGCAGAUCCGGAGCGAGGAGAUCUCGUCAACCGACAAGAAGUUGAGCAGUUGCAGCAGAGGAUUGCUCAGCUUGAAGCAGAGAAGCAGUCGGUUCACGGCCAGUACCAAUUACAGGUGAGCGAUAACACCCAGCUCAGCCGCCUCUACCAGGAGAAGGUGGAGCACGUCGAGGAGCUGGAGCGACAGCUGGCCCGCCUACAGGAGGAGGCCAGCGACCGGGCCUCGCUCCUGGAGAGCGCCCAGGGUGACAAGGUCACCAUCAGCCGGGCCAUGGCCCAGAACAAGGAGCUCAAGGUGCAGCUGGAAGAGCUGCAGUCGGCGUUCGUCAAGAUGACCAACGACAACAUGGAGAUGUUGUCAAGCCUGCAGUCAGAGCAGCAUGUUGGUCAGGAGCUAGCCAGCCGACUGGGACAGCAAGAAGACGAACUGAAAGACUUGAAACAACAGUUGCAUUCUAAAGAGAACGAGUGCGACAUCUUGAAGAGCCAAAACUACAGCUUCAACAAACAGCUACUGCAGCAGGCCACCAUGGCCGACCGGGUCCAGCACUACGAGGCGCAGAGUCACAUCAGUGAAACCUUGCAGAAAGAUCUUUGCUGUAAGAAGGUGGAUUCGUUAUCUGCGGCCAUCAGACAGCUGGAGAUGGAGAGAGAUCAGCUCACUGAAUCAUUCCACGAGCAGCAGGCUCAGCACAAAGCCCUACUGGAAGAGAUGGAGAAGAUACGAAGACAACAAGGACAAGAACCGGCGGUGCUGCCUGAUGUGCAGUUCGUCUCCAAAGAAGCCUUUGACACCAUGAACGCAGCCAUGGACAUGCUACAGGAUCGGUUUGCUAGCGUCAUGAGGGAGAAGGCGGAGCUUAGCGAGAGGUGUCAGGAACUGGAGCACAUCAACCUGCAGCUGUCUGGCGAGACGGAGACAAUAGGUGAAUACAUUAGUCUGUACCACAGCCAGCGAGACAUGAUGAAAAGAAGACAAGAGGAGAGAGAACGCUUUGUGGUAUCAUUAGCCAAGGAGAAAGAAGAAAUGCAGCAAAAGCUGAACCAGCUGCAGAACCUCAUGAUGCAGUUGAUCCAGGAGAAGCAGCGCCCGGCCCACUCACGCACCCCCAACCAGUUCCCAUCAUUCCUGGGUUCCCCUUCCUCAACCCCUGGGGGCGCUAACCCAAUCAACUCCCCAGCCUCGCCGUUCGGUGGUCUGGUGACCGACGCCCACCACCAUCACCAGAAUCAUAGUAAGAAGCACCAGACGCUGAGCGGCAGCUUAGACAGUACCACUUUAGACGAUGACAGCGACGGUGACGACUGGCCAUCUAGCAGCAGCGACAGUAUAGAGGAGGCUACCAUGGCCGAGCACUACCACACCGCCCACAACCUGACCCUGGACAACUCCUCUCCCCAUCACGGGCCCGGCCCCCGGCCCACCACGGACCACACAGCCCAGCAGAUCAUGGAGCUGCUGGAGCAGAUCGGGGGCUCGCACAUCAUCGACCGGGGUACCAUCUUGGACCGGGACUUUGCACCCUGCAAGUGCUGCAGCGGGCACCUGGUGGAUGUAUGAUUCACCUCAUCAAAUUCCAGGCUUUUUGAUUUCUCCGUUGGGAGAGAGAAAAACCUAGAGGUUUUGCAUUCGGGAUUUCGCUGCUUGUGGAUUUCACAGUGUCUGUCCUUUGCAUGAUGGGAGGGAUUUGAACGUGCUUCGGUCAAAGAAACGGCUUCUGGGGAUGUUUCGUUGCUUCUCUUUGGUUGCACGAUGGCUGUGAAUGAACACAUCAGCAUGGCACCUUUUGCUUACUGUACUCUGUUCAGUUGUGCUUCUAUAAAGUGUGUCAUUUAUUGCAGUGUAAGCACAGGACAAUACACAUUCACUGCCAAGGUUUCUCAGAGCAUCCCUGACUCGGGGAAGAAAUUUCCAGAAUUUGUUUUUAGUCAAGACAACGAAUGUUAGUUGCCACCGAGACUGAACACAAAAUACCUUUGCUUGGGCGUGCUAGCAGUCUGCAUGUUUCCAGUUCAUUUGUGAAGCGAUGUCAAACGGAUAACAGCAUAAACCCAGCAUUUUUGUUGCUGUGAGGACCAAACUUACCUCAGUUGAAAAGCUUAAAGGCCUGAGGAGGAUCAAAUUUGCUGCACUUCGUAUGCCGAGCUGCAAAGACAAUUGUAUUCCAAGUGCCUUAUUUUCUUGUGAAGGGAAGAGAAUCCGUGUAUUAGCUUUGUGACGUUGUGCGUGUCAUCAGAACACCUGUGUGUGUACGAUUACUGGGAUACCUCCGGGUGUGGCCAGAUUUUUCUGUCUCCCUUUGUCCGUACUGUAUGGAAGAAAUACUGCAGUCAUCCACAAGCUCGCGCAUGGUUUGACCUUGUGAGAACGGCCCACAAUCGGUGAAUACUUCCUGCAGCGUCAGUUUGAAUUCUUGGGAAGACCGUUCAGUUUUGGUGUGGGAUCCUAUCCUGCUGUGAGGAGCCGGCUGUUGUCAUGAGUAUCCGAGCAUGUUGUAAAAUAUAUAUUCAGAAAAGAUAUUUGAACUGUUUGAGCGCAUAGAAAAUGCAAGCUCACCGAGAAACAAAGGAGAUUGAAUUUGAUUUGGAAGUUGUGCUCUGCAUGGUUGACAGUUUAGCGUGACUGAUGCCUGAACAUGUACAUUGCAAGAUCACCUUCCAAGAAAAUGUAAAUAGUUCCCUUUCGCCCACGGGCAAGGCGCCAAGGAAAGGACUUGCGGCGUGCCAGCAUCGGUAUCGCAAGUGCGAAUGGCAUGGCCAGUUUUCAGUUGAAUGUGCACAAAACAAGCCAACAGGAGGGCACCCAAUGCAGUUCCAGUUUCACUGAGCUGCCGGGCAGCAUGCACUGCAUGGCGCACGGUAAUGAGCUUGGCCAAAAACCAGCGGAGGUAAUCUUUUUUUUUUUGGUUUGUCAAUUUUGUUUUCCUCCAUCAGUGGUAUUUUCAGCAGUGAGAGUAGCAGGAGGCGCGAGUAGUUCCAAAUCGUCCCCCGUUCAUAUUUUCUGUCCUGUCACAGCAAAGGACGUAGUUGCCCAGUACUGACCACGUGUUAAUUUGUAUUUAUUUAGUACUGACUGCCCUUUAGUAUCUCGGAAAUCCAGUUGGCGAGCCCACUCGAAAACCUAACUGAGGUUUUGCACUCAAAUUGACAUGGUGAAUAGGCGAGAUCGGCAGUGUCUCCCAAAUUGCAACUGAAGUUUGAAACCGUGGUUAUUAGGCUUUAGACUGAAAACAUGAUAAUUCGGACAGGAGGCAUGGUUCAGUAUGUGCAGUUCAUAAAAUGUGGCAUCGGCAGUCCGUUAUCGGACAAGCUGUAGCCUCGAAGCUUCCCUGUCUGUUCUCAUUGAAAAGCAAAAUCUAAUCUAGUAUUGUUUUAGUCGAAUCCAUCACGAAUUCCUUCACAAGCCCAACCAGAAGUAAACUGAGCUGAACAGUGACAAAGGAAUGGUUUUGAAACAGUUCACUUUAAGAGCUUGUGACUUGGCCAAAUACUGAAUGAUUUCUGGUGGACUGUAAGAGCCUUGCGUUGGACUGGACUCCAGCACUUCCAUCUAGCUAUUCGUGCAAUUUGUGAGCAAAUCACAAAUGAGGUUGUUCAAUCCAUAUUUCUAGUGAACAUUUGAAACUCCUAAAAAAAACGAAGAGAAAAAAAUAACAAGAAAGUUUGUUUUGUGUUUAUUUUCCACCAAGAAACGUGUCUUUUAUGUUCGUUUCAGUAAAACAUUCCAGAAUUCUAAAAUAUUUUGUUGUGCUAGAAUAGAUGUUACGGAGUGUCUCAAAUUUGGAGCCCCCUUUUUUUUAGCACGGUCCUUUCUUUGUGGGAAUAUUGAGUGUUUUCUGUGGAACGUUAUUAGCAUUCCAGGUUUUGAAAAGUCUUCUUAUAAUAACAGUUGCAUCCACAUUCCAUGGAAUUGGGGAUUCUCUUGUCGUGGAUGGAAGAACAAAUUCUGACCCACAAAUUCAGAUGAUAAGGAACUGUUGGCCAAUGCAACAAAAUCUGACCACUUGAUGUUUUGAAUAUCGGCAUAACACUUCACAGAGCAGUUUUUGUUUUUGUCAGGUUUUUCGCUGCUUGUCCUCGCGUGGGUUUUAUUUCUCUAUCAAGUUUUUUGUUGCUUUCUGUAAACUUCAAAAGUUGUGAAAAAAGCAAACUAUAUUUGAUAUUGACAAAAAUAUAUACAGUCAGUGCUCUUAUAAGUUUGAAAUAAUUAUAUCAUUUUUUUUCUUUAAGUAACAGAUGUUUAAUAGAAAUAUUAUUUAUGAUUUAACCUUAAUGUUUAGCUAGGUAUUGAGGGAAAGUUUUUUCUUUAUUGGCAAACAGUUUGAUCUGCAAAAAUACCGCAACAACUUCAUCAUGUUUGUCUGAAUCGCUAGUUACCAUCGAGAGAUUUUAUUUUUGAUCAGGAAAUUUUAUUUCAUUUUGUUUGUGCACAAUAUUAAAGAAGUUACUAAAAACUCUGGCCAGAUGAAUGUUCCUGGUCCUCCUGAAAAAAGAUACUUAAGGUUUGAGGAAAUCUAGUAUUAUUGACCGACUUGAAGACUACUUUUACGAUGUUUCACUUCAGCAAAAGAAGUCAACAGUGUGUAGUAUGUUACCUGGUUUUGAGGGGAAAAGGUAACGUCAGAAAGGCCUCACUGCACGAUGAAUGUUACAUUUUGUUCAGAUGUGAGCGAAAAAAAAUGUUUCUCUUCCGCUCGGGAGAUUAACUUGUGUUUAGGAGAGUAAGGUCAAAGCAGACAAAAAUUAUUAUCGCUGUCAAUAGUUUUGGGUGUAAAUAUGGACAAUUCUCGUGACAAAGUCGGGAUGAACUGUCAUGGUUGUGGAUAUGUAGGAUAUGAAAGAACUAUAAAUAACGGUAAUGCUGAUGGC